GUUUCCCUCCCUCCCUCCCUCCUCUGUCUCCUCUCCUCGUUUAAGCGGCCUCCGCAACACUUCCCUCAUCUAAUUAUGACUCCCUGUGUUCGGAGGAAGGCGAAGAAAGAAGGAAUCCAAUUCCGCUACUCUGCCGUCGUGUUUGGAGAAGCAAAUUGAGGCGGAAUUACAACUCCCGACGCUAUCCCCUUCCUGGUGUUGUCAGUUUUUGUAGGCUAUCCAAGUCGCCGUGUGUCGAAUCCCGGAAGUACGAGUUUGCGCUACUCUCCAGUGUUGGCUGGAGGUCAAUCGUGCUCGGAUUGGAAUGGAAAAGAUGAGAUCUUGGGAAUCGAGGAGGUGAAUGAAAGAUUCCAAUUUUUCAUCCUUCUGAGCUGGCUGUAAGACGAAGCCUUGUUUGAAUGCGAUCGGAGGCAGAGGAAGAGUCAGGAGAACGCUAGAUCUCGCCAGCCGCGGAUAGACAAUAUGCGGACUUCCGUCGCUGCCGCCGCCGCCAACACCGCCAAGAAGAAGCAGAUGAAGAAGAAGAAGAAGAACGGGUCGAAGCUGCCGCCGGAUGGCGGUGCCUCUACCGCCACCGUCGGGAUCCUCUCCUUCGAGGUUGCCAGCGCCAUGUCCCGCGCCAUCGGUCUUUACCGCUCCCUGUCCGAAUCGGAGAUGGCGCGGUUCCACUCCCAGACCCUCACCGCCUACGGCGUCAACCACCUCGUCUCCUCCGACGAACCCUUUCUUCUCUCCCUCGCCCUCGCCGAGAAGUUGGACGACCUCAACUGCGUCGCCGCCGUCGCCGCCCGCCUGGGCCGCCGCUGCUCUCAUCCCGCCCUCGUUGGCUUCGAGCACGUGUACUCCGACCUCCUUGCCGGCCGCGUCGAUCCUUCCGGCCUCGGCUUCCUCUCCAGGGACAUGGCCGGGACCAUCCGCAAGAUGGAGCGCUUCGUCUCCUCCACCUCAGCUCUCUACGCCGAGCUGGAGGUUCUCACGGAGCUGGAGCACGCUGCCAAGAAGUUCCACCAGAACCCUGCCCACCACGCGAGCCGCCAGGCCUUCGACCAGAAGAUCCAGUGGCAGCGGCGAGACGUUAAGCACUUGCGUGACUCCUCCCUUUGGAACCGAACUUUCGACAAGGUCGUCCUCCUCCUCGCCCGAGCUGUCUGCACUAUCCAUUCUCGGAUCUGCCUCGUGUUUGGGGAUACAAUCGGCACCCUGGAUUCCCUAGUUUGUGAUCAAAGUUGUCAGCUUUCAGACCAAAUUGUUAGUCCAGUUCAGUACCCAAUUCAUUCAGGGUCCCUAAGAUCAGGUUCCCUGGAUAGCAAGUCUGUGAAGAUCCCUGCCGUGGCUUCUGAUGCUGUCACUGGUGUUAAUUUCCGGGGAGAGGGUCUCCGAUUCCACUGUGGAGCAAGUCCUGGGCGCCUUUUCAUGCAGUGCCUCAGUUUAGGCAGCUCUGCUCUAUUGAAGGAUAGCAAUGAGCAGUCAGAGAAGGAGAGUUGCCUCAGUCGGCCUGCAAUUGGUGCUUUGGUUCCAUUUGGUGAUGAAAUAGUGCAGAAUACAAGUGGAAGAAGAUCAAAAUUUGGGCCAAGGAGUGACGUAAUGAUGCUUGCGGCACCCUCCACCGUGGGUGGAUCAGCUCUUGCAUUGCAUUAUGCAAACAUCAUAAUUAUCAUUGAGAAGUUACUAAAGUAUCCGCAUUUGGUUGGGGAGGAUGCAAGAGAUGAUUUGUACCAGAUGUUGCCCUCGAGCUUAAGAGCAGCUCUUAGAAAGAGCCUGAAGUCGUAUGUGAAGAAUUUAGCUAUUUAUGAUGCUCCACUUGCACACAAUUGGAAGGAAGCACUUGCUAAAAUCUUGAGCUGGCUGCUACCCAUGGCUCAUGAUAUGAUUCGUUGGCAGACUGAGCGGAACUUUGAGCAACAGCAAAUAGUGUCGAGAGAAAAUGUUUUGUUGCUUCAGACUUUACAUUUUGCUGACAGGGAGAAGACAGAGGCGACUAUUUGUGAGCUUCUGGUAGGGUUGAACUAUAUUUGUCGGUAUGAACAGCAGCAAAAUGCUUUACUGGAUUGUACAAGUAGUCUGGACUUUGAUGAUUGUAUGGCAUGGCAUAUGCAAUACGUUUCUCAGCUCCACUUGUAAUUCAUCAAGAUUUAAAGAAAAAUGUGGUAUUUGGAACUUUACCUUUUCCUA